AUGAGUGCGUGUCUGCAGGGCUGGAGCGUGGCAGUGCAUGUUGGUGCCAGCGUGACCACGAGAGGAAAUGCCCCCGGUGGGACCGGGGAGUGCGACUGGUGCUGCGAGUGGCUGAGAUGCUGUGGUGGAGGGGAGCCCAGGCCCCGCACAGUGUGGUUGGGGCAUCCCGAGAAGAGGGACCAGAGGUACCCUCGAAAUGUCAUCAACAACCAGAAGUACAACUUCUUCACCUUUCUUCCUGGGGUGCUGUUUAACCAGUUCAAAUACUUCUUCAACCUCUAUUUCUUACUUCUGGCCUGCUCUCAGUUUGUCCCUGAGAUGAGACUCGGUGCCCUCUACACGUACUGGGUCCCCCUGGGCUUCGUGCUGGCAGUCACCGUCAUCCGAGAGGCCGUAGAGGAGACCCGAUGCUAUGUGCGGGACAGGGAAGUCAACUGCCAGGCCUACAGCCGGCUCACAGCGAGAGGGACAGUGAAGGUGAAAAGCUCCAACAUCCAGGUUGGAGAUCUUAUCAUCGUGGAAAAGAACCAGCGGGUCCCUGCUGACAUGAUCUUCCUGAGGACAUCAGAAAAAAACGGCUCCUGCUUCCUGCGCACAGACCAGCUGGACGGCGAGACGGACUGGAAGCUGCGGCUCCCCGUGGCCUGCACGCAGAGGCUCCCCACCGCGGCCGAUCUCCUUCAGAUUCGAUCGUACGUCUAUGCAGAAGAGCCAAAUAUCGACAUUCACAACUUUGUGGGAACUUUCACCAGAGAAGACAGCGACCCUCCGAUCAGCGAGAGCUUGAGCAUAGAGAACACGCUCUGGGCCGGCACUGUCAUCGCGUCGGGUACUGUCGUGGGUGUUGUUCUUUACACGGGCAGAGAACUCCGGAGUGUCAUGAACACCUCAAAUCCUCGAAGUAAGAUCGGCCUGUUUGACCUGGAGGUGAACUGCCUGACCAAGAUCCUCUUCGGCGCUCUGGUGGUGGUGUCGCUGGUCAUGGUGGCCCUUCAGCACUUUGCCGGGCGCUGGUACCUCCAGAUCAUCCGCUUCCUCCUGCUGUUCUCCAACAUCAUCCCCAUCAGCCUGCGUGUGAACCUGGACAUGGGCAAGAUUGUGUACAGCUGGGUGAUCCGGAGGGACUCGAAAAUCCCCGGGACGGUGGUUCGUUCCAGCACCAUCCCUGAGCAGCUGGGCAGGAUUUCUUACUUACUCACGGACAAGACAGGAACUCUCACCCAGAACGAGAUGGUUUUCAAACGGCUGCACCUGGGCACCGUGGCCUAUAGCCUUGACUCCAUGGAUGAAGUUCAGAGCCACAUUUUUAGUGUUUAUACCCAGCAGUCCCAGGACCCGCCUGCUCAGAAGGGCCCCACGCUCACCACCAAGGUCCGGCGGACCAUGAGCAGCCGUGUGCACGAGGCCGUGAAGGCCAUCGCGCUGUGCCACAACGUGACUCCCGUGUACGAGUCCAACGGUGUGACUGACCAGGCCGAGGCCGAGAAGCAGUACGAAGACUCCUGCCGCGUGUACCAGGCGUCCAGCCCAGAUGAGGUGGCCCUGGUCCAGUGGACCGAAAGUGUGGGCUUAACCCUGGUGGGCCGAGACCAGUCGUCCAUGCAGCUGAGGACCCCUGGCGACCAGAUCCUGAACUUCACCAUCUUACAGAUCUUCCCUUUCACCUACGAAAGCAAGCGGAUGGGCGUCAUCGUGAGGGAUGAAUCCACCGGAGAGAUCACGUUUUACAUGAAAGGAGCAGAUGUCGUCAUGGCCGGCAUCGUGCAGUACAACGAUUGGCUGGAGGAGGAGUGUGGAAACAUGGCGCGAGAAGGUCUGCGGGUGCUAGUGGUGGCGAAAAAGUCUCUAGCAGAGGAACAGUAUCAAGACUUUGAAGCCCGCUACGUCCAGGCCAAGCUGAGCGUGCACGACCGCUCGCUCAAAGUGGCCACCGUGAUUGAGAGCCUGGAGAUGGAGAUGGAGCUGCUCUGCCUGACCGGGGUGGAGGACCAGCUGCAGGCAGAUGUGAGGCCCACCCUGGAGACCCUGAGGAACGCCGGCAUCAAGGUUUGGAUGCUGACAGGGGACAAGCUGGAGACGGCUACGUGCACAGCGAAGAACGCACACCUGGUGACCAGAAACCAAGACAUCCACGUUUUUCGGCUGGUGACGAACCGCAGCGAGGCCCACCUCGAGCUGAACGCUUUCCGCAGGAAGCAUGACUGCGCCCUGGUCAUCUCUGGAGACUCCCUGGAGGUCUGCCUCAAGUACUAUGAGUACGAGUUCAUGGAGCUGGCCUGCCAGUGCCCGGCCGUGGUCUGCUGCCGCUGCACGCCCACCCAGAAGGCCCAGAUCGUGCGGCUGCUGCAGGAGCGCACCGGGAAGCUCACUUGUGCAGUAGGUGAUGGAGGCAACGACGUCAGCAUGAUUCAGGAAUCCGACUGCGGCGUGGGUGUGGAGGGGAAGGAAGGCAAGCAGGCGUCCCUGGCUGCCGACUUCUCCAUCACCCAGUUCAAGCACCUGGGCCGCCUGCUCAUGGUGCACGGCCGCAACAGCUACAAGCGCUCGGCGGCCCUCAGCCAGUUUGUCAUCCACCGGAGCCUCUGCAUCAGCACCAUGCAGGCGGUCUUUUCAUCCGUGUUUUACUUUGCCUCCGUUCCUCUCUAUCAAGGAUUCCUCAUCAUUGGGUACUCCACCAUUUACACCAUGUUUCCUGUGUUUUCUCUGGUCCUGGACAAAGAUGUCAAGUCGGAAGUUGCCAUGCUGUAUCCUGAGCUCUACAAGGAUCUCCUCAAGGGAAGACCGUUGUCCUACAAGACCUUCCUGAUAUGGGUUUUGAUUAGCAUCUAUCAAGGGAGCACCAUCAUGUACGGGGCCCUGCUGCUGUUUGAGUCCGAGUUCGUGCACAUCGUGGCGAUUUCCUUCACGUCACUGAUUCUCACCGAGCUGCUGAUGGUGGCCCUGACCAUCCAGACAUGGCACUGGCUCAUGACGGUGGCCGAACUGCUCAGUUUGGCCUGCUACAUCGCCUCCCUGGUGUUCCUACACGAAUUCAUCGAUGUGUACUUCAUCGCCACUUUGUCGUUCUUGUGGAAGGUGUCGGUGAUCACUCUGGUCAGCUGCCUGCCCCUGUACGUUCUCAAGUACCUGCGGAGACGGUUCUCCCCGCCCAGCUACUCGAAGCUCACGUCGUAG